GCGUGUGCACAGCAAGAGAGUGACAGAGAAGCAGAGCCACGGCAAAGAGCGCUCUGUAAACAGCCUGUCAGAAAAGAAAGUGCAGGGACAUUUUCAUCCUCUACAGUCAGCGCUGUGUACAGCACUGAAGAAUCAUCACGAGAGGCAGAGCGAGGGAGAGCUUUAAUUAAUUCAUGCAGAAGGGGAGGGAUGUUUCUGCCGCUGACUGAGCUGCUUCCAGCUCUGCCUGAGCUCUGCUCCCUAUAGCGUUUUGUUUGUGAGCCUGUCCGUCCUCCGACAGCACUCAGAUCAGCAUUUGACGGACACCGUCACCUGAACAAGCAGAGAUCACGCUGGUUGACAGGUCAUCAUUUGCUCCAACCGGUGGCACGACGCACCUCUCCUUCACACCGUCCUGCUCCUCACGUCGCUCCGUCCUUUCACAACUUCACGUCGGGGAAGCCAAUUCGCCAUCUGCUCACAAUAGAAGGAGAUGUGACCAUGCCAGAUCAUAGUGUCUCAUUCUCAUCCCUGACCUGAGGACGAUCGGCCUGUUUUCUCCUGCCCUGAUCGGCGAGAUGGGAGACUGGGUGUGUUUGAGCCCAGCUGAAUUCUCCCAACUACAGCAGUACAGUGAGUAUUCCUCCAAGAAGCUUAAAGAUGUCCUGGAAGAAUUUCACGGAAAUGGUGUCCUCUCCAAGUACAACCCUGAGCAGAAGCAAGAUGUGCUCAACCAACCCAUCGAUUAUGAGGGCUUUCAGCUCUUCAUGACCACCUACCUGGAGAAUGACAUCCCCGAGGAACUGUGCAAACACCUCUUCACCUCCUUCAAGAGCAAGAAUGGUGGAGAAGGCUCCCCUGACACCUCUCGAGCUGGAGCAGGAAUUCUGGGUAUGAAUGGGAAGAGUAUUCUAAGCGCGAUGAGCCGUCAUACAGCUGACAGCUCAGCAGGCAUCACUCCAGGCUCAGGGGCCACCACAUCACCGUGUUCAUCCCGCUCCUCCUCACAGCGCUCAGGCACAGGGGGCCACACACCCAGAGGCCCCCACCGCUCACCCGGCACACAGCCUAAACCCCCAACAGGCAGUAGUAGUAGCAGCAAUGCUCUGGCUCUCUCCAAGACCUCCAACUCCCCGCGCCUCUCCCCAGAGCGUAAUCAAUCUGAGAAUCGUACAUCCCUCCGGAGGAGUCCGUCUCCACAAAAAGGCUCUCCAUCGCCCCAAGUGGUCUUCCUUAAAGACAUUGUAUGCUACUUGUCCCUGCUGGAGCGAGGGACGCCAGAGGACAAGCUUGAGUUCAUGUUCAGGCUGUACGACACAGAUGGCAACGGUCUGCUGGACAGUUCGGAGCUGGACCGCAUAAUAAACCAGAUGGUCCAUGUAGCAGAAUACCUGGAAUGGGACUCUACAGAACUGCGACCAAUUCUGAAGGAGAUGAUGGAGGAGAUUGACUAUGACCGAGAUGGGACGGUCACACUAGAAGAGUGGAUUCGAGGAGGAAUGACCACCAUACCACUCCUGGUACUGCUGGGAAUGGAGACGAAUGUACAGGAAGAUGGGCAGCAUAUAUGGAAACUGAAGCAUUUCAACAAGCCAGCCUACUGUAAUUACUGCCACACCAUGUUGUUAGGAGUACGAAAGCAGGGUCUUUGCUGCGCACUAUGCAAGUACACAGUCCACGAGCGCUGUGUGUCCAAAGACAUUGCUCCUUGCAUUAGCACCUACGCCAAGUCCCGCAGACACACCAAUGCUAUGCAGCAUGUUUGGAUGGAGGGCAACUCCUCAGCAAAAUGUGACAAAUGUCACCGCAGUAUCAAGUGCUAUCAAGGUCUGACAGGCCUUCACUGUGUUUGGUGUCAAAUCACUCUCCAUAACAAGUGUGCAUCCAAUAUGAAGCCUGAGUGUGAUGGUGGUCCAUUAAGAGAUCACACACUCCUGCCGUCGUACAUCUGCCCUGUUGUGUUGGACCGUCAUUCUGCUGUCAAAAGAGGUGAAGGUGAAUCAUCGCCAAGUACCAGUCCUGAGGACACCGGCCAGUGUUUCAAGUUCACCGGUGAUGGACAGGCGCUGCAAAUCACCCCUCUGCCCGGAACCCAUCCCCUACUUGUGCUGGUUAAUCCUAAAAGUGGUGGUCGGCAGGGUGAGAGGGUGCUGCGGAAAUUCCAGUACCUUCUUAACCCUAGACAGGUGUACAGUCUGGAGCGAGGAGGACCUAUGGCUGGGCUCAACUUUUUUCGAGAUGUGCCUGAUUUCCGUGUGCUGGCCUGUGGAGGCGAUGGAUCAGUGGGGUGGAUUUUGGACUGUAUUGAUAAGGCCAGUUUUGCUCGUCAUCCACCGGUUGCGAUCCUGCCACUGGGGACGGGGAAUGAUCUGGCCCGCUGUCUGCGCUGGGGUGGAGGUUAUGAAGGAGGAAGUCUGGUCAAGUUCCUCAGGGAUAUCGAGCACAGCACUGAGGUUCUUCUUGACCGCUGGAACAUUGACAUUGUCCCUGAUGAUAAGGAAGAGAAGGGUGACCCUGUGCCCUACAGCAUAGUCAACAACUAUUUCUCCAUCGGAGUGGAUGCAUCCAUAGCCCAUCGCUUCCAUCUGAUGAGAGAAAAACAUCCUGAGAAGUUCAACAGCAGGAUGAAAAACAAGUUGUGGUACUUUGAGUUCGGCACCACAGAGACCAUUUCAGCCACUUGUAAAAAGCUGAACGAAACUAUUGAAGUGGAGUGUGAUGGCAUCAUCUUGGACCUCAGCAGCACAUCUCUGGAGGGCAUCGCUGUGCUCAACAUUCCCAGCAUGCACGGGGGCUCUAACCUGUGGGGCGAGACCAAGAAAAGGCGCAAUUACAAUCGCAUGAGUAAGAAGGUGCCAGAGAGAAUGACUGGCAGCACUGUCACCGAUGCCAAGGAGCUCAAGUUUUGUGUGCAAGAUCUAAGCGAUCAGCUUCUGGAGGUGGUGGGUUUGGAAGGAGCCAUCGAAAUGGGUCAGAUCUAUACAGGACUGAAGAGUGCUGGACGGCGCCUUGCACAGUGUUCCAAUGUCACCAUCAGGACGUCCCGACUGCUGCCCAUGCAGAUUGAUGGAGAGCCGUGGAUGCAGCCGCCAUGCACGAUACGGAUCACGCAUAAGAACCAGGUGCCAAUGCUGUUGGGUCCGCCACAGAAAACGCCGUUCUUCUUCUUUAAGAAGCGCAACAGAAGUCGGGACUAGAUGUGGGACUCCAAAGGUCACUCUUCUACAGUCAUACAAUCACACUCAAGCGUCUCCACCUUUCUCAGCCUCUUCUUCAUCUUUGGUUGGUGAGACCCAAAGAGAAGAGACCAUUCAAACCCUUUUUGUGAGACAAAUCAAUACAAACACAACACUGUAAUGGGCCUCUAAUGGAUUCCAUCUCCCAACACGGACCCUGUCUGAGUGUCAUGACCACUUCCUGUGUCUUAUCAUCCAGAUCGUCUUAUCACAGGCCUGUGACCUGUAAGCUAUGACUCAAUUCCAACCAAAUUCCCCCAGACCAGUAGGCCACUGCCUUGGGAUCACACUGUGUGCCCUCUCUCUACUCUUGAGACGGCCCAUCAGAAGAUACUGCCAAAUCCAAGAGAAAAAGAGAGGGAAGAUUAGAAGAGCAAGGGAAAUGGAGAACAAAUGUGUUCAAAUCAAAAAGAGAAAGAGAGCGAAAAGCACCCUGACACGAUAAUGUUCUUUACCUGAGGGUCGGUGGUGCACAUAUGGACGUCACUGGGCCCUGGCUUAGCCUAGCAGGACCAGGGAACAAACUUUCCUUCUGGAGGAGCUUACUGAAUUAUACAUCAGUGCAUGCAAAGCACUCAUUCCAGUGCCUCUCCUAGGCCCUACAACAUGCCACCGCUAAAGAGAUGAAACAGCAAACUCAUCCAUUAUGAAGAUGUUUUUGGGGGUCUGCUGAUAGGGAUAGGCAUAGAUUAGACUGGCCUGAAAGAGAUUUCAGCUUCUGUCGUUUGCUCGGGGCAUUUUUUGCUGUUCAUUUUUCAGGCCACAAAACUGACCGUGCCGGAUUGGUUACAAUAAAUUAGAUGUUCAUUUAACCCCA